AUGGCAGAAUCAUCCUUCUUGAUGCUGCUUCUGCUUCCACUCCUGCUUCCUCAGAGAGAAGCCAAACAGCACCUUGAGAUGUGCAGAACGGACAACCCCAUCCACCUCCAACGCCAAUACUAUCAAACAGGGGACCUCUUCAUUGGUGCAAUCAGUUCUCAGAUCUUCUCCCUUCCCCAAACCCCUGUUCAUUUUAAGGAGAACCUGCACAAUGUGCCAGUUAAUGAAAACACGAUAGUGCCAAAGAACUACCAGAACGUUGUAUCCUUGGUGUUUGCUGUGAAAGAGAUCAACGAAAACCUCAACAUUUUACCGAACCACACUUUGGGGUUCCACAUGUAUGAAAGCUACUUCAAUGCAAGGAUGACAUAUCAGAACACCCUGAAUCUUGUCUUCAGUCAGAAUUCGACUCUCCUAAACUACAAAUGCAGCAGUAAGAAUCUGAUAGCAGUUAUAGGAGGGCUCAAGUCUGAAACUACUCUCUACAUGGCCACCAUCUUAGACACUUACAAGAUCCCCCAGGUCACCUAUAGCUUAUUUGCUUCAGCAGCAAAUGACAAAAUUCAUCUCUCAUCCUUGUACCAGAUGGUCCCCAGUGAAGCACAUCAGUACACUGGAAUUGUUCAGCUUCUUCUGCAUUUCCAGUGGAAGUGGGUCGGGCUCAUUAUAUUGGAUGAUGAUCAAGGGGAAAAGUUUGGGCAGACUUUGACACGCCUGCUUUCCCAAAAUAGCAUCUGUCUUGCUUUCACUCAAAAACUAGUAGCUCACAGUGAUUUUUUAGACACAUUCCUUCUGAUGGAACGCUUUCUGGAUACUUCUAAGUUCUUAAGCCACACAGAUGUGAAUAUAUUUGUUAUAAAUGCAGAGACUGGAACCAUGAUAACAAUGCAGUGGGUGCUACUGGUUGCUGAACUGAAUAUUAUGCCAUCCAUUUACAAGGUGUGGGUGAUGACUGCUCACUGGGAUUUCACAUCAGAGACCUUUCUCAGGCCCCUGGAUAUCCAAGUCUUCCAUGGUUCAUUAUCCUUUGCCAUUCACUCCAAUGAACUCCAAGGGUUUCAAAGUUUCCUUCAAAGCUUGACACCCUACUCCGACAGUGAUGGUUUUAUCAGAGUCUUCUGGGAACAGGCUUUUGACUGCAUCUUUCCAGAUACUGACACGCAUGGGGAGACCAAGAAAAGCUGCACAGGGGGAGAAAAACUGGAGAGCCUUCCGGGUCCACUUUUUGAAAUGAGCAUGACGGGUCACAGUUACAGUAUCUACAAUGCUGUCUAUGCUGUGGCACAUGCAUUCCAUGCCAUGCAGUCAUCCAGAACCAAGCACUUGAGAACAAUUCACCAUUUUCUGAGGAGCAUUUCAUUCAACAACAGUGCUGGGGACACAAUAUCUUUCAAUGAGAAUGGCGAAUUAGUAGGUAGAUUUGAUAUUAUCAACUGGGUCACCUUCCCAAACAAAUCCUUCUUAAGAGUGAAAGUUGGGGAAAUGGAUCCCCAAGCUCCACAGGGCAAGGAGUUUUCCAUUAAUGAAUCAGUCAUUAUGUGGCACAGCAGAUUUAAUCAGGUUGUGCCUAUUGCUUUGUGUAAUGAAAACUGCCUUCUAGGUUACAGCAAGAAAAGGAUAGAGGGGCAACCAUUUUGUUGCUAUGAGUGUGAUCCAUGUCCAAAAGGGAUGUUUUCAAACCAAAAAGAUGCAGAUAACUGUUUCCACUGUCCAGAAGGUCAAUACCUAAGUGAUGAUAAAAAUCAGUGCCUUUUCAAGGUGGCAAACUACUUGUCUUAUGAAGAACCCUUGGGAAUCAGCUUGGCUGUUAUGGCCCUCUCUCUCUCUGGAACCACAGCAAUGGUAUUAGCCAUCUUCAUCAAGCACAGGGAUACCCCCAUAGUCAAAGCCAACAACUGGAAGCUCACAUACAUUCUGCUCAUCUCCCUUCUGCUCUGCUUUCUCUGUUCCCUGCUCUUCAUUGGUCGGCCUCAGCUCAUGAUCUGCCUUUUACGCCAAACUGCUUUUAGUAUUGUCUUCUCGGUGGCCAUUUCUUCUCUGUUGGCCAAAACCAUCACCGUGGUUCUGGCUUUCAUGGCUACUAAACCAGGAUCCAGGGUGAAGAAAUGGCUGGGGAAAGGAUUUGAAAGCUCUGUUGUUUUCUGCUGCUCCAUUACUCAAGCAACUAUUUGUAUAGUAUGGCUUUGUACUGAUCCUCCAUUUCCAGAUGUUGACAUGAAUUCUCUGGCAGAAGAAAUCAUAGUGGAAUGCAAUGAAGGAUCAACCAUCCUGUUUUCCUGUGUUCUGGCAUACAUGACAUUUCUGGCUUUUGUCAGUUUCAUGGUGGCUUUCUGUGCUAGGAAAUUGCCUGACACCUUUAAUGAAGCCAAGUUUAUUACCUUCAGCAUGCUGGUGUUUUGUUGUGUGUGGCUGACUUUUAUUCCAACUUAUCUCAGCACCAAAGGGAAAUAUAUGGUAGCUGUGGAGAUUUUCUCUAUCUUGGCAUCCAGUGCUGGAUUGUUGGGUUGCAUCUUUUCCCCCAAAUUGUAUAUCAUUGUUUUGAAGCCUGAACUGAAUUGCAGAGGGCAUAUAUUUCCAAAGUUCUACCAGAAUGUUCUGGCCUUGGCUUUUGCCAUCAAGGAGAUCAAUGAGAAUCCCAAACUCUUGCUCAAUGUCACUCUUGGGUUCCUCAUCUAUGACAGCUAUUCUGAUGCACGAAUGGUGUAUCGUACCACCCUGGACCUGCUCUUCAAAUCAGACAACUUUCUCCCCAACUAUAAAUGUAGCAAGCACAAAAAUCUAAUGGGAGUCAUCGGUGGACUUAGCUCUGAGACCUCAUCUCACAUAUCAGAGAUCUUAACUGUGUACAAGUUUCCACAGCUCCACUCUGUUCUUCGCAGGAUCCGGUUCAACAACAGUGUAGGUGAUGAGAUUCUGUUUAAUGAAGAUGGAGAACUAGAGGCUGGUUUUGAUAUUACUAAUCUGGUUACUUUUCCAAACAACUCCUAUGUCAGAGUCAAGGUUGGGAGACUGGAUCAUCAGGCUGCUCCAGAUAAAAAGUUCACCAUCGAAGAAGAUAGAAUCGAAUGGCACAAAGACCUGACUCAGGUGGGAAAAUACUUGCACUGCCUCAUGAAUGAAGAAAAAUGCAGUUCACUAACUCAAAAAUGA